AUGUCGACCUUGGAGGAUCUCGACGACCUUGAGCGCGAGGAGAGAGACAAGAAGAAGGAGCAAGGCGAUGACGGCGACGGCAAGCAACCUAGCGGCGAUGGGGAUGCCGAAAUGAAGGAUGCAGAUGCGAAGAAGAAGGACGAGGAUGAGGAGCUUCUAGAUGAGGAGAUUCUGAAUUCAAGCACAGCGGACAUUGUCAAGCGACGGCGGAUGCUGGAGAAUGAGCUUCGCAUUAUGCGAAGUGAAUACCAGCGGUUGACGCACGAACAGAAUACGAUGAGAGAGAAGGUUAAGGAUAAUCAAGAGAAGAUCGAAAACAACAGGCAAUUGCCGUAUCUCGUUGGAAAUGUUGUCGAGCUGCUGGAUCUGGACGUCGAAGCUGAAGCUGCUGAGGAGGGCGCCAACAUCGACCUGGAUGCUACUCGAGUAGGCAAGUCCGCUGUCAUCAAAACAUCGACUCGCCAAACCAUCUACCUUCCCCUCAUCGGCUUAGUCGACCAUGAGAAACUCAAACCUGGCGAUCUUAUUGGUGUCAACAAGGACUCAUACCUCAUUCUCGAUACCCUGCCAGCGGAAUACGACAACCGAGUGAAAGCCAUGGAAGUCGAUGAGAAGCCCACAGAAAAGUACACAGAUAUUGGAGGCUUGGAUAAGCAGAUUGAAGAGAUCGUUGAAGCUAUUGUCUGGCCCAUGAAGGAAGCUGAGAGGUUCAAGAAGCUUGGCAUCAAGGCGCCAAAGGGCGCUUUGAUGUACGGACCCCCGGGUACGGGAAAGACUCUCCUUGCUCGAGCCUGCGCGGCGGAAACGAACGCAACCUUCUUAAAGCUCGCCGGUCCCCAACUUGUGCAAAUGUUUAUCGGUGAUGGCGCGAAGCUUGUCCGGGACUGCUUCGCCCUUGCGAAAGAGAAAGCUCCCUCGAUUAUCUUCAUCGACGAGCUGGAUGCCGUCGGUACAAAGCGUUUCGAUUCCGAGAAGUCUGGUGACCGUGAAGUCCAACGAACCAUGCUUGAACUCCUCAACCAGCUUGACGGCUUCGCGUCAGAUGACCGCAUCAAGGUUCUCGCCGCCACCAACCGAGUCGACGUCCUCGACCCUGCCCUCCUUCGUUCCGGUCGUCUAGACCGCAAGAUCGAAUUCCCUCUCCCCAAUGAAGAGGCCCGCGCCAACAUCCUCCAGAUCCACUCGCGCAAGAUGACCGUCGAGGACUCAGUUAACUGGGCUGAAUUGGCACGCAGCACGGACGAGUUUGGGGGUGCGCAGUUGAAGGCUGUCUGUGUGGAGGCUGGUAUGAUUGCGCUUCGAAAGGGGCACAGCAAGAUCGGACACGAGAACUACGUUGACGCCAUUGCGGAAGUACAGGCGAAGAAGAAGGAUACGAACAUGGGUAUCUAUGUGUAA